AGGGGGAUACGAAUCAGGCCCUCUUUUGUUAUAUGGAGUUCGACCUUCUUUUUUCUUACUUCAUGGUUUUACCACUUACAACCGUUUCGAUUAAGAGCGGGUAGGUUGUCAUAUAUGUGGUUGUAUGUGCAGUUAUAUCAAUUAAUUUCGAUUGAAGGACGUAGUCGUGAAAAUAUCAAUAAACUUCUCUUCAGUGGAGAAGAUAAGAAUUUCAAAACAAAAUGGAUAUAGCAAACACCAUGGAAAUUGACGAUUCAGAACCAGUAGCUUCAAAUCCUUUUGUAUUCUCUAUACCGAGCAUUAUAUCUGAUCCUCCAAGAGUUAUUAAUUUUGGCUUAGGGUCAGAUCAUGUCUUUGAUGCUCAUUCUACCAGGAAGAAUGUAUUCACUUUUGCUGCGCCUACAAUAGUAUCUCAGUAUAAUCAACCUCGUGCAAAGCCACAGACUGGUAGUUAUGCACAAAUACACAAACGCACCAAAGUACGAGCUAACAACCGUGCAAAUCUACAAGUUGACAAUCGCAACAGACCCAAGAUUCCCAGGCCCUUGUACAAGCCCCCUGUAAGUGUAUUUGCCAAUGCCCUCAAGGAUACAGAAGCGUUUGAACGGCUGAAGAAGAAUUCGAGAUCAAGCAUUACCAAGAUCAAUAUAGAGAACACGAUAAUGUGUUCUAAUGUUCCUAAAGGUUUGCUGUUAAAACGCACGGCCAAAGAAUAUUUCACAAAUUUUGGACGCGUCGUGAACAUAAACAUUCGCCCGGUUAAAUGUAUAAUUACGGUGACUUAUAUGACAAAAGAUGAGGCGAACACUGCGUAUUACAGCUGCGGUGAUUAUAUGAACCAGACGUUUCACGUGGAAUGGGCGAGGCCAGACUCAGUAGCGAAAUCGCCUGGUAAGAAGAAAGACGUGCGCGAGAACUUGGUGACGAAUUUACUCAAAACGAACGACGAUGAGGUCAUAUCAGAAUUAGAAGCCAUGGCGAAUUUGGAGUACAAUUUGCACACCGCCAAGGGAACUGAAAUACCUGAUAUAAAUACGUUGCUACCGGCAAGAGUCCGGAUGCCAGGGGGAAAAACAGCGUUGCCGCAGGAGAAAUUGUCGCCGAGAUUGGAGGAAACCGCAAUCAAAGUUGAGAAACACGAGGCUGAGAGUCAGAUCACCAAUCUCUUGCCCAACACGACCGCCGAAGAAUUGCAGAGUAUAAUUCAUCAGGUCGCCCUUACAGCCGAGGAUAAGUACAAAGUGCUGGAAGCCAGAGACCGCCUCAUGAGAUUGAAGCGAAUCAAGCCGGCCUCCCUGGCGACCGCCAAAAUAACCAGCGGCACUUGUCCCGACAUGUGUCCCGAGAAGGAACGUCUCAUGCGCGAGUCGCAAAGACAGGUUGCGUCCUAUGAACAGCUCGAGGGCAACGAGUACAGGAUAAAUCAUGCGACAGCCAUAAAGCAGUACUCGAGAUCGUCCGCGGACCAGGAAGAGCCGAUGUCUCACGAGUUAAGGCCGGUGAAGUCCUUGAAAAUGACCAUGAGCUAUCUGCUGCACGAGAUCGUGGACCUGUGCGAACAGGAGGACACCAACCUGGCGGAAUGGUAUCACUUCCUCUGGGACAGGACGAGGGGAAUUCGGAAGGACAUCACCCAGCAGGAACUCUGUUGCAGGGACAGCGUUGAAUUGAUCGAGCAGUGCGCCAGAUUUCACAUCGUAUGCUCGGAGAGACUUUGCGCGGAGGGCGCCUCUGUGUUCGACAAGAAAAUUAACACGGAGAAUUUGACCAAGUGCUUGCAGACGUUGAAGUACAUGUACCACGAUUUGAGGGCGAAGGGCGUCACCUGCGAGAAUGAGCCCGAGUUCCGCGCCUACGUCGUUUUGCUGAAUCUCAACAACGGCAAUUUUCUGUACGAUCUGCAGCAGCUGCCGAUAUCCGUGCAGAAUUCGCCGGAGGUUCAGUUCGCGAUCAAGAUCUACUUCGCGCUCGACUCGAAUAAUUACUACAAAUUCUUCAAACUCGUCCGGCAAACGACUUACAUGAACGCCUGUAUCUUACUGAGGUACUUCAACCAAGUUAGAAUGAAGGCCUUCUCGGUAAUGGUGAAAGCGUAUUGCAGAACCACGUCCACAGCUUUUCCGUUGUACGAAAUGAUGGAUAUCCUCGGCUUCGAGGACGAGAACGAGACUGCGGGCUUCUGCGAGCAAGUGGGUCUGAGCCUGUCGAACGACGAGAUGCAUGUUAUGCUGAAUCGCCAAAACUUUAAUAUGCCUGGAGGAAAUAUACAGCAGCGUAGGUCUUUCGCUCUGAUAGAGUCCAAGAGGAUCGUUCUGGGCUACAGUAUUGGGAAAUGUAUCGCCAGCGGAAAAAUGCCGAGUAAGAUCUACAAGAAUCACAAGCCGCACAACAGCUUCGACGCGUACGGCAAUCUGAUGCCUGAGUCGAUCAAUGCCGCGGAUCAAAACCUCAAUGUUUCUUCCGCCGAAUCUGACCUCGGCGCGGACGAAUCCACGAAGAAGGUGCUGAAGACAACGCGGGACAGGAAUCAAAUGGCCAGCAGUUCUAUGCAGAUUAAGAAGCAGCUGACGAAUAUGAGUAACGACCUAAGCGUCCCGAAGUCGAUGCCGGUAUCGCAAUCGGCCAGCUCGAAUGUCGUUAAAACAGCAACACCCGAGCCAGAUAUGUCCGCUGGAUCCAAGCAGAAAGCCUCCAUUGUAUUUUCGAGCAAACCACCGUCAACUUCGUUGAAGGCGGUCGCUGAUAAGCAGCCCGACAAUGAGAGUGCAAUCGUCAGCGCGACACAUCGUGAAAGUACCACGAGCAACAGCAAGCAUUCCGCGAUUUUUGGCAACAACAAUCCUUUUGCGAACAACAGCGUCGUAUUUUCCAAACAGCCAGAAACGUCGCGCAAUGCGGAGGUUCUCGCCACGCCGUUUGCCAUGGCGGUGAACAAGAGUAUCUUCUCCGGCAUGGGGACGGGGAAUAUAUUUAUGAAGAGCGUUCCCUCGACGGUGUUCGUUAGUAAUCGUCUUCCAGUGGCAGUUUCCGUACCGCAAUCGACGGUGAGCAACGUGCCGAGCGCUGUAAGCAAAGCAAAACAACCGAUACCUGAUGUCUUCCACAAGAAGGAACCCGUUCAGAAGGAUGCGCAGAAGCGUGCGAUCUCGGAAGUCGAGAAAGCGAGGCUGGAGAAGCUGGAGCACGCGAAGAGAAUGCGGCAAAUCGAGGAGCAGUCCGAAGAGAUCUACAACAGCUUGCAGGCGGAAGUUACGCAAGAAUUCUGCUCCGCCAUCGCAAGGGAGAACAUCGACAGGAUAAGGAGAUACAACGCGCAAAGCGAGACUAUCACCGGCGAAGUGAUCGGCGAGGUGAUUCGCGAGAUGUGCGACGCGAUCCUCACGACCGAGAUCGUUAACCAGCAGAGGUUACAGGCGAUAUUGCAGAGAGUGAAGAAUCAAAUGAUGACCAAAUGCUUUAACGCUUGGAGACGAUACGCCUUGAGGAACAGACAACAGAGACAAGCGCUGGAAGACACGCCGGUCUGGUUGCAAAGACAAUCGUUGGAGGAUUGCGCGAAGAUGCUGUAUACCAAGGAGCAGGACCUGGUGAUACGCAAUAUGCGCAAGAGACGAUUCAAAGAGGAGGAGGAGAAGCGUGUGGACGACACGGGAGAUCUCUUGCCGAUCGAGUGCGUCGUGCGCUCCGGCAUCAAGGAGAAUUUACGUCUAUUGGACGUUAAUGCCCUGCCUACCGUGUUCUGGAAGCUCGUGAUCUCCUGGCCGGAUUUCAGAAACAAGCCGCUCCUGUGGCGCUACAAAAAAGUGAUGAACGAGUACCUGUGUUCCGGGGACUCGGCGAUGGAACCUAUCAUGAAGACUCACAGACCGAAUCCGUACGAAACUCUGCACAUUUGCGUGAGGCAAUUCGAGGGUUUUAUCAGCGAACACAAUUUUGUUGGCGCCGACGCGUUCCUAUUCAUUGCCGACGCUUCGGAGAACUGCAGGUUCGUUGCCAAACGUCUCACGAAGAACGUGCUCUCGAGGCAUAAACUGAUGCCCAUACCGCUCACAUUCAUCGUCCUGGGUAGUGGGAAGCUGGAGCAUCAGAACGAUAGUAUCGUCGCGGAACUGGAAUCUCUUCUGGAGUCCGGCUAUGUAUCGGAGUACACGAUCAUAUUUGAGAAAAACUUGACGACCAAGGUCAUUUUCGAUUUGACGCAGAGUACGAUUCUAUGGCUGACGAUGAACAAGUCGCCAAUGAAUCCACUGGAGAUGGACUAUUUGUACAAUAUAUACGACAUUUGUCUGUCGGACGAGCUGUGGUUGAGGAUAUUGAACGAUGCCAUGUUCAAUAAGCAGCUGACGAACGCACUGAAGGAUCCUAAUUUCAUAAUUGAUUUGCACAAUGAGGCGGUGAAUCAUCUAAUGGACAUUAUCUUGGACCCGGAGUCCACGUUGUACACCAGCUUCGCUCCCGAAUUCAAACGAUUUCUUCGUACCGAUCAUAUCAUGCCAUGCGGUUAUGAAUAUUUCAACGAGUCAUGGAAACGAGAUGAAUAUAGAGCAAAACUGGAGGCCACGAUGAAUAGCUUUGUGUUACCACCGUGGAACGCGUCAUGGCCAAUAACAAACGUACACACUCUACGACAGCGUAUUAUAAAUUAUUGCACAGAGGUGCUGUCUGAUGCAAAUUGUAAUAUUGUACUCUGCGACAUAUUCAGCGACUUCUUCUUAACGUCGGACAAUAUAAAAAUAACCAACUUUGUGCAAGUAUUGUUACACGUGAUUAAGGAGAAGAUACAUCUCCUGGACGAAGACUUGACAGUCAUCUAUAACAAGAAUCACAUCAAGCAUUUCCGAACAUUGCCAUGGUGGUUCAAAUCUAAUGUAUUGAUGGAAUUCAUAUCACGUGAAUCGAAUUCGAGCGACAACGAUCUGUCGGGAGGAAGAACGAGGAGUGCAAGACUCGAUCGCAGAUCGUACAAUGAUUCGAACGAAAGCGCGUUAGACGAGGAAUUUGAGUCGUUGACUGAAUUUUGCGAAAAUACUAAGAAACAAGUUAUGAAAGUACACUCUUCAUCCAAGGAUUUGGAAGAGCGUUUGGAAGCACAACGUUUACGGAACGCGUUGUUGGACGAGAAAUUGAGAAAUGCUUUAAUUGAUAAAAAUGAGAUGGAUAUAUAGAAGACGCAGGGAAAAAUUUUCCAGUUUUUUUCCAGUUGAACUGAAUGAAUAAUUCUACAGUAUGUUAUUAGAACGUUGUAAUGUAAUAAAAAGUAAUAAAAAGUAUUUUUAUGGCUUAUUUAAA